AUGUUGUUUGAAACAAAAGGUUGGAAUUUGAAAAAUGAUAAGAAUAUAGCCAUGGGUGGGGUGGGGAUCAAGAGGAAGACGAAAAAGAACAACAAAAAAGCGAAAUCUGAGGCCCAGGUCACGCAACAGGACAUUGAAGGAGCAGUGAAUCCAGAGCGUGAGGAUAAGAAAAGCAAGAGCAAGCCUCAAGCUGCUGAGUCAUUGUCAUCAUCAGAGGAGCUGAGCGAAGAAACAGAGCCCAAGCAAAAUAAAAAGAGAAAGGUUACGCAGAAAAGAGACGAAAAAUCGGACGAGCAGCUGCUCUCUACCAAGAGGUCAAAAACGAUUCAGCAAUCUGUGAAUGCGUCCACGACUCCGGUAAAAGUGACAGCAGCGGCUCCACUCCUCGUGACGUCGCAAACCAAGCUCACUCCACUCCAGCAAAAGAUGAUGUCCAAACUCUCUGGGUCCCGGUUCCGAUGGAUCAACGAGCAGUUGUACACCAUCACCUCGGAAGAAGCGCUUAAGCUCAUCAAGGAGCAGCCAUCGCUUUUUGACGAGUACCACCAAGGAUUCAGAUCGCAAGUGGAGACGUGGCCCGAGAACCCCGUAGACGUGUUUGUGAGCCAGUUCAAGCAAAGAUUAUUGACGAGAAACAUCAAUGCGCCCGGGGGAUUGCCUGGAAACAGAGACAGGAAAGUUGUUGUUGCCGAUAUGGGGUGCGGCGAAGCGCAAUUUGCCGCUGAUGUCGACAAGUUGGUCAAGCAGCAAAAGCACAAGUUGAAAAAAUUCAGAAACUUGGACGUGCAAGUGCACAGCUUUGACUUGAAAAAGCACAACGACAGAAUCACCGUUGCUGACAUUAAGAACGUGCCCAUCCGGGACGAGUCUGCCACCAUUGUCAUUUUCUGUCUCGCGUUGAUGGGCACAAACUUUCUCGACUUCAUCAAGGAGGCGUAUCGGAUCUUGCAGCCACGAGGCGAGUUGUGGAUCGCCGAGAUCAAAUCGCGGUUCAGCGACUCGAAGGACGGCGAUGGCAACGCGGGGCAAGAGUUUGUUGAUGCUUUGAAGUUGAAUGGCUUUUUCCACAAGACCACCGAUAACUCCAACAAGAUGUUUACCAGAUUCGAGUUUUUCAAACCGCCUCAGGAUAUUCUUGACGAACGCAACGCCAAGCUUCAGAAAAAGAGGAAGUUUAUCGAGGAAGAGACCGAUCGGGAGAAAUUGCAGAGCAAAAGAGAAGCUAGGCCCGAGGGCGAGUGGUUGUUGAAGCCCUGUAUCUACAAGCGGCGUUAA